AUGAAAACUCUCAGUGUUACGGAGGCAGCUAAUAUUGUUGUCCGUGGAAAGAGGUUUUAAGAAAUACGUCUAAACGUUUGGUACAAUUUAGGCCGGUAAAAUGAGGCAACACAGGAGGUUUGCAAUCGACCAGGGUAAUAAUAAGGCAGCUUGAAGAGGAAACGGACUAUUACGGCCCAAUUUGGCGCCCUCCUGCUGCCGACCAUCAGCCGUACGUGGUCUCUCAUACACCAAUCCGAAAACAUCCCUCUUGUUGGACACGUUGUUUGAUCAGGACUGUUCAUUGCCCGAAUUUCUCCUUUAUCACGUACGUUAUAGCAAAUGUUGUUUGAACGCGACUUACGACAAACAUGUGGACUGUAUUAUACAGAUAACGCGUGUUUAUCCGGUUCCGACAUAGCUGUACCCAUGAUGCCCUGCGGCACGAAAAAGUAACAUCGCCAGAGCUUUUCUCCGCCACUUUAGCCCCGGUGUGUGAAAUCAAAGGCCUGGUGACUGAGUGAUUUCAAAUGGUUUGAAAUCUAUCAUGAGGGGCUCAUUAGGUGCCGCAGCUGGGCGAUCAAUUGAGGCGACCUACCUAGCCGAACACUUUGUUUAAUGUUACCGUUGUAUGGCCCAGCGUGGAGUAGGAGGGGGACGACAUCCGCGGCAAUCAAUUAAUUGCGAGCGGUUCUGGGUUAAUUGGGCUCGUUAGAAAUCGGUUUAAGUGGUUUUAAAUCGAUGAGCUGAUAGCAAAGAGAAAGCUAGGGGGAAAACGCCCAAUGACGUGAGUGUGGUGUUUUCUCUCCUGUCUACCUCUCUAUUCAGCCGUCACGAUUCGGUUAGAACAGAACCGUGCUGCGGUCCGGGGUCCAGCAAGGCCUGCCCGUACGUGUGCAUGUUUUCAAUUGAGGACAAGGGUGCUGGAAAUAUCCAUUUCUGUGGCAUUUCUGGCAGGGGCGAAAUCCGAGCUUUUGAUUGACAGCUAAUGAUUUAGCUGUGGCGGGAGUGGAUCGCCCUGGCUGGAGGUUCCUUUUGUCUUUAUUGUCCAUUGUGUCCAGACACAAGGAGUGUGGUAGAUAGAGCCGUCCACUUUCUUCGACCAUCCCGAGUCCAGAACCUCUCUCCGCUUUCUGCCUCAUAUGCCCGUGUCAACAAAGCCCCUUUAAUUACCCUUAUCAGCGUCCACAAUCGCUGUAUUGAUUUGUUUAGUGUGUCAAAUAAUUCGGCUCAAUUGUGCGGCGUUUCUGGAACGAGGUGCCAACUGAUUGGGAGUAAUUGCGCCAGUUGUGCCAUUGGCUAGCCGCUACUGGUUGGUGAAGCACGGCGCGCUGGUACGGUCCUGACGGGCGCAGGUCGCAGGUGGUCCCGAGCAUGGCGAUGCAGCAGGAGUCGCGAGCGGCGUGUACGGUGGCCAGGCCGGUCCCGCUCUACACCACGCCGCCCAUAUGGCACCAGCACAUCUACCAUUCCACGUCUAAACAACCGACCCGCCACUUCAUCGCCGACAUCUUAGGAUUACGUCCCGAUAAAGAUGACAGGCCACGGUCCCCCUGCAUGCGAAGUCCGGAACUCCAGAACGCCAAGGCCGUCGACUCGGCCAGGUCACCGAGAGGGAACGCGAGGUCCUCCACGGGCGCUGCGAGCUCGACGCGAGAAGACUCUGACUCCGAGGCACGGUCGUCGGACAGCGGCCGGGACCAAGACGAGUCUGGUCAUGAGAGUGGUGACGGCAAGGCCUCUAACGGUGCAAAAAGAAAAUACGAAGAUGGCGACAAGAACUCAGAGAAGAACACAGACGGCAACCAAGAAGACAAGCCGAAAAAGAAGAAAGCGCGGACGACGUUCACAGGAAGACAGAUUUUUGAGCUGGAAAAACAAUUUGAAGUGAAGAAGUACUUGUCAGCGUCCGAGAGAGCGGACCUAGCAGCCCUUCUGAAUGUCACAGACACACAGGUCAAGAUCUGGUUCCAAAAUCGGCGGACAAAAUGGAAGAAACAGGACGGCAUCUCCAACGCCGAGGCGGCGGAACACAAAAUUGGCGGCAGCCGUCACAUCGACACGGUGCGUCAGCGCGAGCAACAGCGAUCCACCAAGGAGCUUCAGAACUGCGAGGCGCCUGUAGAAAACGAAACAACAACAGACUGCAAUGACUCCAACAAUAACAGCACAGAGCGGGCCGAGCGCAGCGGGACGGAGACCGAGAAUGCCGAGCACGACCCGCGGAACGCCACGGACUUGGAAGCCGCCGAACCUCCCGCUGGCGCCGUUGCAGCAGCCCUCGAACUUCCGCCUGACCAGGAGGGCGCGAAAAACGGUACUGUGAACGUUCAAGAUGAAUCUUCGCAAACGUGCCACACGGACUAAUAUAGCUAUAGCAUCAGGUGUUUAUUUCAGGACUGUCUAUGGCCACACAGUCCAAAUUUGUGAGGACCUAACUAAGCUGUUUUCAGCAACUGAGUGCUCUGAGCUCAGAAGAUACAUAUAGCAGAUAACUGCCAGAUGUUUAAUAGAGUAGACAUAGAUAUUAUUACGUUUGUGUUCCUUGCUUAUUUCUCGUUGUUCUUCGUCGUUAAAGAGACCGAAAAAAGUAAAAAGCGUUAGACUCUAUCAAAGCCCGCGUGGGACAAUCUAUCUCAGCAUUCCUGAUCUGCUGAUUGUUUAUCCGUUUAAAACGGGUGACAUGUGAAAUAAGAAAAAGAUAAGAAGCGCAAAGCCAGUCCUACUGGAAACUGUACAAAAUGCGCCUAAUCUGCAAUUGUAGAUUACCUUUCUGUUGUAUCAAAGCUGUUUGUUUUGUUGUUGUAAAGAGGUUGUUUCUGGUUUGCUGUAGAAACGUUUCACACAGAAGACUUGUUACCGAAAACAUCCACGAUGUCAGAGGUCA